AUGAGACUGAAGAAGAGUACACCAGUAAUGAAGCCUGCUAUGAAAAAAAAGGUUCCAGUUGAAAGUUCUGAUGAUGAUGAUGAUGAUGAUGAUGAUGAUGAUGAAGAUUCAGUUGAUAAUGGAGUCGAUAAUACAACUGCUUUAAAGGGUGUUAUGGAAAAUAUCAAACAGUUUGGUGGCAAUGCUGAAAGUGAUGAUGAGGAUGAUGAUGAUGAUGAUGAAGAAGAAGAAGAUGAUGAUGUCGAUAAUGACUCGGUACUACAAACUAAGAAGAGGAAGGUGGAAUCAUCAGCAGAUAUUCCUGCUAAAAAGACAAAAACAGAAUUCAUUUCUAUAUUUAUGGGAGGGUUAAAUAAAGACUCAACACCAGAAAGUAUUAAACAGUUUUUUACUAAGAAAGGUGUCACAGUACUAGAAGUUAGAAAGAAGCAGGGCAAAAAAUUUGGUCACUGUGAUUUGAGUACUAAGGAAGAUCUAGUUAAAGCAGUCAACCUAGAUGGAAAGAAAAUUGAUGGGGUAAAUGUGAAUAUUGCAGAGGCUACCAGUGCGAGACCUGAUUUCGAUGCACCAAAGAGAGCUAAAGUAGGAAAGAAAACAUUAGUAGUAAGAAAUCUGCAGUAUGCUGUUACUGAGAAUGAAUUAUUAGAGAAUUUUAAAGGUGCACUAGAGGCUAGAAUUCCAGUUUUUCCUGAUACUGGCAAAUCUAGAGGGAAAGGUUUUGUUGAUUUUCCAACAGUAGAUGAUGCUAAACAAUCUCAGAUUAAAAUGCAUGGAAAGAAAAUAAGAGGCAGAGCUAUUUAUGUAGAAUUUGCCCCUGAAAGUGGAAAAGGACCAGGUGCUAAAGAUGGGGAAGUUCUGAAAGAAAAGAAACGAAAACCCAAAAUUAAAAAUAAAGUCUUCACUGAAAAUCAAUUUGAAGAUGAUUCGGAUUAAAUUUUACACUUCUACAUUCUACUUACAAGAACUUUUAUUAAUCUUAUCAUGAUUUAUCAUCCCAAAUAUUCAAUGUGUUUUCUUUCUUCAGUGCUAUUGUGGAAUGGCUUAUUGGCUUUUGAACUAUGUUUUCUUUGAAUCAUUAAAAAGUGGAAUAGUCAUAAUUGUUUGAAUUUAUAUUACUUUUUAAAACUUUUGAAUAGAUUCUCCAAGAAGAAUAGUUAUUUUGCUUUAAUCAUGAAAAUAAAUAACAACAAAUUCUU